AUGACCGAAUUAAGAAUUGGUGAGGGUGUCGAUCCUUCUGCUAGUGCAACCCCUACGAAGAGGACAAAAGAGAAAGUUAUUGAAUUAAUUGAAGUGGAUGGGAAGAAAGUCAGCGCAACUUCUACAGGUAAGAGAAAGUUUCAUAAUAAAUCAAAGCAAGGCUGUACGCAUUGUAAGAGAAGAAGAGUGAAGUGUGAUGAACUGAAGCCAGCUUGUCGAAGAUGUUUAAACUGGAAUGUGCCUUGCGUUUAUCCAGUAGUGCAACCAAAGAAAAGAAAGGUGUCGACAGUUGUUAAAUAUAUUACAAGGAAGGCCGAUGGCUCAGUGGAGCCAAUAGAACAAAACUCGAACAUGCCCACAAAUGAUAUGGGCGUGAACGUUAAGAAAGAAUUUGUAGAUAAUGGGUUGAGCAAUCAGAUUUUGGGGCAAAUGACAUCAGAUGCUAGUGAGGAUGAUCUUCCCGAGAAGAAACGGAGAGCGAACCACAUUUUAAAUACUACUACCCCACCUACUACACGAAAGUCAAGCAGUGUUCCUAUUACUAGUGCCAAUACUCCGCAUUUUGCUAAUAAUGCUCGACAGCAGAUAUCCCAGUUACUUGGUCAAGCCGCUCAACCAAUACCUUCACUUCUACAGCAACAACCACAACCACAACCACAACCUCAGAGUACUCAAUUACCUGCUGGUAUGGAUUCCUUAUUGCCUCCACUACUUGCUGGGAUGGUUCAAUCCCCUCAACUCCAACAGCACCUGCAGCAAAAUAUGCACAUGCUUCCUCAUUUACUUAACAGUAUACAACAGGGCAAUUCAGUUAACAUUCCUAAUCUUGCUAUGGUAGCGAACAUGGCCAAUCUUACAGUUCCUGUACCCGUCCCGGCACCUGUGGAACAACCUACCAGCCCUCCACAAGUACCUAAUUUAGCUAGUACUAUUUCUGGGUUAUUCUCACCCGAAAAGUUUGUAGCUGGUCCAUCGCAUGCUCAACAACAACUUCAAUAUCAACUACACCAACAAUUACAAUUACAACAACAUCAACAAAUACAGCUGCAACAAAAUGAACAAAUUCAAUUACAACAGCAAUUAUUGCAACAACAAUUGCAAGAGCAAUUGGAAAUUCAGCAGAAGCAAAUGUUAGCAAGUCAUCAAAUGCAAAACCCAAUGUCUCAAGUCCAACCUUUAACUCAAGAACAAUCCAAAAUGCAAACUGAUGAUUUUACUCGAAAUGCUUCCCCUUCAAAUCAUUCAUCUCCUACCGCCUCUCCUCAGAACAACAAUCGUGUACCUGACCUAGCAUCAUUGCAAACAGAUACCUUGUCUCAACUAGCCAAGAUGGGUAUGGAUUUGAAAGCAUUAGGCAACGUCCCAACUGCUGGUAUCGGUGGUAUUUCAUACGAUUUUCAGGAGCUGUUAGGUGUCAAAUUUAAUUUGAAUAGUAAAAUAGCCAAGGCCAAUUCAGCAGAAGAAGCUUUAGCAUCUAUGCAAGAGCAACAAGAACAAGCAAAUUUAAAUGGUGACAAUAAACCUAGGGGUGAUUUAAAUAGUAAUAGUAACGAUAAGACGACGGUGUCGCCACAAUCCAUAACGAAGGAAACGACGACCUUGGAUGAUACUCCCACAAAAUCUGACGAUACUAAAAAGGAGCCCACCACUGAAAUAGCGAAAUUACUUCAAUUAUCUACAAAGGCCAAACUGAAUUUGAUUGAUAUGAAGCUAUUCCAUCAUUAUUGUACUGAUGUUUGGCCAACUAUUACAGCUGCGAAGGUUUCUGGCCCUGAAGUUUGGAGUAAAGCCAUUCCUCAAUUAGCCUUUGACUUCCCCUUCCUAAUGCAUUCCAUCUUAGCAUUUAGUGCCACUCACAUGGCUCGUUCACAGCCAGGAUUGGAACAAUAUGUUUCCUCCCAUCGUUUAGAUGCCUUAAGAUUACUAAGAGAGGCGGUCCUUGAAAUUUCUGAAGAGAAUACAGAUGCAUUGGUGGCAAGUGCUUUAAUUUUAAUUAUGGAUUCCUUAGCUAAUGCAUCGGCAGGUAGUGGAGGUGCAGCCAAUAUAUUAUCCCCAUCAGCAUGGAUUUUCCAUGUGAAAGGUGCUGCGACUAUUUUAACUUCUGUCUGGCCAUUAAGUGAGAAAUCCAUCUUUUACAAUCUAAUCUCAGUGGACUUAAGUGCUUUGGGGACUGUUAUAAAUCAAGAUGAUGAUACCAUUUCUGAAUUGUAUUGUUUUGACGAAAAUUUGGCAGACUUGUACCCUGUAGAACUAGAUUCUCCAUACCUUAUUACAUUGGCAUAUUUGGAUAAGUUACAUCGUGAGAAAAAUCAAUCUGAUUUUAUCCUGAGAGUAUUUGCUUUCCCUGCGUUAUUGGAUAAGACGUUCCUAGCGUUGCUAAUGACUGGUGAUUUGGGGGCCAUGAGAAUUAUGAGAAGUUAUUACAAGCUAUUAAGAGGAUUCACGUCUGAAGUCAAGGAUAAAGUUUGGUUCUUGGAAGGUAUCACGAAAGUAUUGCCUGCAUCUGUGGAUGCGUAUGAAGGUGGUGGUCAACACAUGAUGUUAGAUUUCUUGGGAGGUGGACUGCCGUCCAUGACAAUGAAUAAUUUGGAAGAUGGAUACCUGCCAUGA